AUUGCUCCAAUCCAUCGGCGCAUUGCGCGUGCUCGAAGCUCAUCGUUUCCGGAGUAAAAGAGAAACCAAAACAGACUCACUCUCUGUGUGCUGUUGCUCGCCGGCACCGAUUUCAGUUCGUGUUAUUGUGAACGAGAGAGAGAGAGAGAGAUAAACCGGAGUAUACGUGUGCCAUAUUGGGAAACCGGAGUAUACGUGUGCCAUAUUGGGAAACCGGAGUAUACGUGUGCCAUAUUGAGAAACCGGAGCACGUGGCGGUGUCGAGUCGGUGCCGAGUUUGGUUCGUGUUACUAUGAACGAGAAAGAGAGAGAGAGAGAGAGAGAGAGAGAGAGAGAGAGAGAGAGAGAGAGACAUACCGGAGUAAAAUAACAAACGCGUGUAUUGGGAAACCGGAGCACGUGGCGGUGUCGAGUCGGUGCCGAGUCAACUAUAAAUGGUGUGGUACGUUGUUAUUGGCGACGAGUGGUGCUCUGUUGUACCCGACUCAUGGGUCUUCGAAAGCGAUUCAGUGAUUUGGUGGCCACCGAAAGGUAUCACUGUCACCACAGCAAUAUCAAAGGAAAUACAGCCCAACGAUACAUGGAGUUUAACUCCAUACAAACAGUUGAUUGGCCCAUUUGAUUCUUUUCAAGAAGCUCGGAAAAUCGAGAAGAAAUCAGCAGAUAUUUCAUCGGAUGCUGAUAUUGAUGCUAUGCGUGCUGCAUUUGAUGAACCAUCCAAACGGCCGAAAAAAACUAGAAAACUCUCCUCCGAUGAGUCUGACACUUCUGAUGCCAGUUCCUGUAAUAUGCCGCCAAUUUCCCAACAACGUAAAGAAAAUACACCAAAAACAAUUUCCACGAUAUCCCUACCAAAAUGUUCGUACAUUACAUCAAAGCAACGAUGCGAAGGUAGUUUAACCAAGGCAUCACAAUCGCAAAUGAAUAAGCGUGCUACAUUCUCAUCCAACUACGAAAAGACUUUAGACUCUACUCCGAAACGGAUCAAUGAUUUGAACGAAAAGCAACACAAAUCUAAAAAAUUGUCCGGCAUCUCGUCAGCUAAUUUUGGGAAAACCAAGCCUGCAAUGAUGGAGCGUCAUCAAGAAUGGCACGAUGAAUGUUACCUAUCUGACAUACAAGAAUUACCUGGUUCACUGCAGUUAGAUAAAGAAAAUCAAACGAGGAAUCAUAAUAACUGUUGUGGCGAAUGCAGAGAUUAUGUCCAAAAGGAAUUCAAAAAAUUGUCACGACAAUUGUAUAAAAUCGAAGCGCUGCUAAAAGAGCCGAAUGCAGGACGAGGUGACGAGGUUGUAGGACAAGAAUUAUUACCGUCGUUCCCGCUGAUGACGCUUCAGCAAUUUUUUGAAUGCGACAAUCAAUUGAAAGUGGAUGCGAACAUGAGAAAACAAUUCGAACACAUGAUAUGUCGAAUCGGAGGUUCGACAGAUUCUGUGAUGAAACGGUCACCAGCUUCAACCCGUGCAGAAUUAGAAGCUACCAUGCAAGAAUGGCUCCGUCGCUCAGGUGACAGGAUAAGAAGUACGAUUAAUAAACAUUUACUGGAAGUCUUCCAUGAGAAACUUUGCGAAACAUUUUGUAUCGUGUCUUGUCGUUUCAAAAAGGAAUGGAACCGUUAACAUUAUAAUUACGUGACGCGGCACUGGUUUUUAAAAUAUCAAGGAAAUCCAGUGAUAGUCUUAAUUUGUAACAUCUAUGCUGUAGAUCGAUCUUACGGAUACAUAACAAUUUCUAAACGAUUAUUGAAUCGUAAUUAUCCUGUUUGUACGCGCAUAAAUAUCGAUAAUAAUGCCUAACAAUUAGUAAUAAAAUCAAUAUAUCCGAUCGUUAGUUUAUAUAUGCAAAUAAAAGGUUUUACAUCAUACAAGCAAUACUUUGAAAAAUUUAUCUUAUAUCUUUGUCAUAUGCUCAACGUUAUGAUAUAGAUUUUUUGAUAUAUAUUUUUUUUAAUUCAGAGUGAUUUAUAUGUUUCAAAUCGAACUUUAUGUAAGGCAGUAGAAAAAUAACAAAUUUUACUAACAAAGUUACAAUGAAAGAAAAAUUUGAAAAGUUAAUAUCCGUAUUAUGAUCUUCCUACAGUAUAUGCCUAAAUAUACGAAGACUUGUCAAAGAUGUCAUUCUUAUUUAAGUGGUAUAAUUGAAGCUAGUCCAUCAUACAAACUAUUUAAAUAUCAUUGGCGUAUUAAGCCAUUUUAUGUUAUGCGAUCAUCUUGCAGAAAUAGCCAUUGACAAAAUAGAAAGAAGUAUAUGAGCAUUAUUCAAAAGGAUUCAAGUAAAUGUCACGACGCCAAAUUUUGUUUUAGAUAAUCGUAAUGUCCGUACGAUGAUACUCUCACAUACACACAUGCGCGUAUUUGUAUAAAUUUUCUUUUUUUUUAAAUUUUCAUACUUUUAAUUUAUAAUAAUUUUGUUUUAUGUAUUGGCUUUCAAAAUAUAUGUAUGAAGUAGUCAUUGCAUUUUUUAUAUGAGUAAAAGAAAUGUGUGAUGUGAUAACGAUUGAUUCGUAAAACUCAUUGCUAAUAAAAAGAUGUAAUGGUUAACUUGAUCUAGUUAAAAAGGAAACUUGGCAUUCAUAUGCAUGAUUAUGCUGGAAUAUGUGAUAUAUGUAAUGCUAUAUGUUUGGUAAAAAAAAAAAGAGAGAGAAGUUUAAACGCAAGAUAAUAAUUUUAUUACGAGUACAAAGAUAGAAAAAAAGUUAUUUUCAUAUUAAGAUUGUUUUAUUUAAAUAAGAGGAAUAUUUAUUUUAUUAUUUAGCAUUAAGAAAGUUAAUUGAUGAAAUUACAUUGUGACUAGAUAUGAAUGUGGAUAAAGUUUUUGUUUUAUGUGACAUCCAUGAAUAUAGAAUAGUUAAAAGUUUUUAUUAUUAAAAUUGUUUUUAUUAUUAUUCUUAACAAAUGCAUUUGUAUAUAAUAUUAAUAUUAAGCAAGAUAAUAUUGUAUACAAUGAGUUAUUGUGAUAUACAUAUACACACACACAAACUUAAACAAAUGCGCACAAUGCACAUACACAGAUAUAAAUAGUUACAUUCGCUUUAUAUAUUAUAACAAUUUUCUUUUUUUUUUAAAUAAAACGAAUCAAA